UUUAGCACAGGGCUGAAAUAUGCCGGAGGAACAGAAGUCUGCUGGUGGUCAACCAGAAGUAACGGCAGAAAAUGGCACCGGUACGAACUCGCCGACGAAAAGUCCAGUGAGCAAAGGCAAAACAGCGCUUGCAAGAAUCACUUUGCUAGAUGGAUCUGUGAAAGACUUCCACAUAGACAGAAAGGCGAAAGGCCAAGAAUUACUUGACAUGAUAUGUCAGAGUAUGAAUCUGAUGGAGAAAGAUUAUUUCGGCCUUAUUUACGAGGACAGACACGAUACACGAAACUGGUUAGAUCUGGAUAAAAGAAUCGCAAAAUUUGUGAAAAACGAACCGUGGAAAUUCAAUUUCGAAGUGAAAUUUUAUCCGCCGGAUCCGGCCCAAUUGCAAGAGGACAUAACACGUUAUCAACUAUGCCUUCAAAUCAGAAACGAUAUUAUCACAGGACGAUUACCGUGCUCGUUCGUGACUCACGCUCUUUUAGGUUCAUAUUUAGUUCAGUCCGAGGUUGGAGAUUACGACCCAGACGAGCACGGUCGCACAUAUUUAAAGGACUUCAAGUUUGCCCCUAAUCAAACUCCGGAGUUAGUGGAGAAAGUAAUGGACCUGCACAAAACACAUAAAGGACAGACACCCGCCGAAGCAGAACUCCACUAUCUCGAGAAUGCGAAAAAAUUAGCAAUGUAUGGAGUUGAUCUCCAUCCUGCGAAAGACUCUGAAGGCGUCGAUAUAAUGUUAGGUGUAUGUUCAUCAGGUCUUCUCGUCUAUAGGGAUCGGUUAAGAAUCAAUAGGUUUGCUUGGCCGAAAAUACUAAAAAUCUCUUAUAAAAGGCAUAAUUUCUACAUAAAGAUCAGGCCAGGUGAAUUCGAGCAGUUUGAGUCGACGAUUGGUUUCAAACUAGCUAAUCAUAGAGCUGCGAAAAAAUUAUGGAAAGUGUGUGUAGAACACCAUACUUUCUUCAGACUUAUGAGUCCUGAGCCUGUAAAGAAAGUGGGUUUGCUACCGCAUUUAGGAUCCAGAUUCCGUUAUUCCGGAAGAACUCACUACGAGACGAAGAAGACACCCAUCGAUAGACAACCUCCAAAAUUCGAAAGAUCUUUAAGUGGCCGUCGUCCCACAUCUCGUAGUAUGGAUGCGCUAGGGGGUCCUAAACAAGUUGAAUCUUAUGGUUCAGAACCAAGUAAGAGGCAUACAAUGAGCUAUGAACCUGAAAUGAUUCCUGACAUGGAGCAUAUAGAUCAGCGGCCUAGUCCAAUAAAAAAACAGAAAGAAAAGAAACCGGUCGGAGGAAUCGCUGUCCUACCGCCCGGUGGUCUAUUUAAGAAGAAAAAGGAUAAACAAAAUGAAAGCGAAAAGGAAAAUCAUAAUGAUCUCAACAAUUCUGAUUUAAUAAAUGAAAGUGCUAUUAUUGAUAACAACGACGUGAAGUCAUCCACUAAAAAAGAAUUAAAAAAAAAAGAUAAGGAAACGCCAGAAAAAAGUGCUAUUUUUGACAAGAAUGAAAUAAAGUCAUCCAAUAAAAAAGAAUUGAAAAAGAAAGAAAAAGAAACGCCAGAAAGGAGUGCUUUCAUUGAUGAAUUAAAAUCACUUACUAAAAGAGAUUUAAAAAAGAAAGAUAAAGAAAUGGCGGAAAAGAGUGCUGUUCUGGAAAACAACGAAAUAAAACCACUUAGUAAAAAGGAGCUGAAAAAGAGAGAAAAGGAAAUGUUAGAAAAAAAAGACAAGGAAACGUCAGAAAAGAAAGACAAGGAAACAUCAGAAAAGAAAGACAAGGAAAUGUCAGAAAAGAAAGAAAAGGAAAUGUCAGGAAAGAAAGAAAAAGAAAUAUCAGGAAAGAAAGAAAAAGAAAUAUCAGAAAAGAAAGACAAGGCUACAGAAAAGAAAGAUAAAGAAACACUAGAAAAAAAAGACAAGGAGACAUCAGAAAAAAAAGAUAAGAGAAUAUCAGAAAAAAAGGAUAAGGAAACGUUAGAAAAGAAAAAUAAGGAAAUAUCAGAAAAGAAAAACAAGGAAUCUCCAGAGAAAAAAGAUAAAGGAUCGUUAGAAAAAAAAGAUAAAGAAAAGAAAGACAAAAUAAAGGAUAUACGGGAUGUAAUAAAACCACUUUCUUCAAAAACGAAGAAAAUUUUAACUUCAAGCACUACCCCAACAAUAGUGAAAACCACCACUAAACAAUCAGUAGUAAAGGAUCAAGAAGGUGUGACACAAAAUAUUGAAGAGAAAGUUGAAGAUCUUACACCUGGAGGCACAGGCCAAGUAACUGUUUCUACACAAAUUAAUAAGGCAGAGACAUCAGAUGAUGGUAGAGCUCCAUACAUGACAGCAACUGCUGUCACUACACGUACUGCUACAAUGCAUGAAGAUCUUGAAAAAAAUCAGAAAACCAGUCAGGUAGAAGAAAAAACUGUAGCACAUACAACAGCAACCAGUGCAACAAGACAAGAACAGAGAGUAGUAACUCAAGAAGUUCGAACAACAAGUCAUGUACUUUCUGGCGAGCAGCUGUUCUCACGAAGGCUCAGUACAUCCAGUUCAAGCAGUGAUGAUUCAGGUACUCCAAUUGACCUUGAAGAUGAUCAACAGGCAUUCUGCAAUCAGUAUUAUCAGGGUGAUCCAGCCGGUGUUGUUGAAACUGAGACACAUGUUUACAAAGGAGAACCAGAAAAUAAUGUAACAACAACUACUACAGUGCCACUAACAGCAACUGAAACUAGGAAGGUAGCUGUUGAAAGUGAAGAUGGUAUGUACAGUGCAACUGGGGAAAUAGUUAGUUCUCAAACAAUAUCCAGUAAAACUCGCACUGUUGAAACGAUAACGUAUAAAACUGAAAGAGAUGGAGUUGUAGAAACUCGCGUAGAACAAAAAAUCACGAUACAAUCAGAUGGCGAUCCGAUUGAUCAUGAUCGAGCUUUAGCAGAAGCAAUUCAAGAAGCAACAGCAAUGAAUCCUGAUAUGACAGUAGAAAAGAUAGAAAUUCAACAGCAAACAGCGCAGUAAUUUGUAAUUAAUUAAAAAUUACCCUUAUAAGAGAUAAAGGGCACUCUUUGUCUAAAAAAUAUAAUGCUCGUAAUUCUAAAAAAAAGAUAAAAUAAAAAAUUAAAUUGGUAUAGGAUGUUUCCGAUUCGAUGGCAUAAUCAGAAAGAGUGAUUUUAAAAAAUAAGUUAAGAAAAAACGAAAUUUUUCAUUUAAAGCUACAUUUUCGAGAAAAUCGAGUUUGAAAAUCUAUCAACUAUACUUUUUAAUUAAUUUUGGAUUGAUCAGAAUAAUGAAUAGGAUAUUAUUCUACUUGCGAAAAUAAGUUAAAAAUAUAGAAUACAAUUUUUUCGUAUACCCUUAUAUAAGGGUAAUACAGUCCUUCAUUUUGGAAAAAAUUCAAUUUUAAAUAUAUAUUUACUAAAUCAAUUCUUAACUAAACAUAAAAGUUUAUUUUUUUCUUCUUACCACAAGGUAAUAAACAGAAAAAAUUUAUUUUCGCAGAUUCACUAUUUAUUUACUCUAUGUAGUUUAGACAAAUUUAAAUGUACUUGAUAAAUUUUCAAACCUAGUUUUCUUGAGAAUAAAGCCUGGAAUGAAAAAAUUUUAUUCCUUUCUGGUUGUAUUAUAGAAUUCGAAACAUCCUAUAUAUUUUAAUAAUGGAUAGCAAAUGAUUUGACUCAGUUUUGCAUUUUUCUAUGUAAAGGGCUAAUCAGAAGCAUUUGUUAUAUUUGAAGACAUUUCUUAUAACAAAUAUUGCCCAAUGCUACGAGCUUGAACUUGAUUAAAAUCAAGUUACUAUAAAAAAAUGUCAUGGUACUUUGUACCAUAAACGACAGUGUUCAUAUUCGAAGUAUGUAUUAUUUACAUACAUAGAGGCAGAAAUAUAUAUUAGACAUAUUAUGUAUACAUAGUUAUGUAUGUAUGUAUGUAACAAAAGCUAAUUUGUUUGUAAUUAUAAAAAUAUGACAGAGUGCCCUAUUUUACGUCAUCGUUUCACAGCAAAUAAAGUCAUGAUAUUCGUGACAUUUCACAUAAAAAGCAUAUUAAAAAUUCAUUCGUAAAAAUUCAUUUAAACAAUAUUCAAGACUUGUUCAACAAAAUUUUUUUUAAAUUUUAAAUUUUUGGCAGGUUUUUUGUUAUAACUUAAAUUUCUAUUUUUAAGACUUCGUCUCUGAGCCUAAUGUAAUAAAAAACAAUUAAAAACAUCUUAAAAAACAUUUUAACAAGUCAAACAUAUGUAACUAUCCAUUAAUAUGCAUUUAAAUUAUAUGAACAAUAUAUAAUAUUAUAUAUAUAUAAUUUUUAUUAAUAUAUAUAUAUAUACAAGUCACUCGAAGAAAAAUAUAUAGAAACUAACAGUGGAAGACUUAUAAUAUCUAAGUGAAAAACAUAAAAUUUUUUUAUAAGGCUUCGUACGAUUUAAAUAUAGCUUUUCUGCAAUAAUUCUUUUGUAUAGAUUAAUUAUUUGUGACAUACUUUUUUCAGAGUAUUUUCAAAGUACAUAAUGUUUAUUUUGUGACAAAGUCAGAGUUCUUUAACUAUGAAAUAUUAAUAUAUACAUUAAAAUAUAUACAUAUACAUAUAUAUACACAUAUAUGUACAUGUACACAUAACAUUUACGGUUAAUUGGGAAAGAAAAUAAAAAUCUACAAAGUUUCCUAUAACUUAUAGUAUUAUCCAGCAAUGUAAAUUGAAAUAAAAUUGUUAACAUUGCUAUACGUCUUUUAUUUAAUAAUUUAAAAAUAUACAUUUGGAAACUAUGUAGAUUUUCAAAAUAUACUUUAAAGAUAAUAAGGUUUAUUAGUAAUAUUAAGGUAAAGUUAUAUGUAUGUAAUUCAUACCAAGAGCUAUGAUGCAUUGGUCAGCGUAUAUGUCUAAAUUUAGCUAUAACUUUUGUAGUUUUAAGACUACAAGUUCAUAUAAGAUUUUAUUUGUUUAAUAGGUUAUUUAAUUUUUGUAUGAACACAGAGAUAUUGCUAAGAACAAGGAAAGGCUGAUAAUCUGAAUUUAAAAUAAAAUUAUUAAGAUGCAAGUUAUACUUUGCAAAAAUAAACUAUAUAAAUAUAUAAAGUUAUAAAUAUUAAUAUCGCUGCUUUAUAUAUUUAUGUGUGAAUAAUAUAUACAUAUACACAGAUAUAUAUAUACAUAUAUAUACACAAGCGGCAAUUGUGAAGCAACAUUAAAAUAUGCAUAUCACACUGUAGGAGGCUUGUUUAUACCUUUGUUCUUUCAAAUGUUAGUUAAAACUACUAUAUACUACGCUUGCAGUUUGCACAAAGCAUUUAUUUUAUGAUACUAAACAAUAUGUUUCAUGUGUUAACGAUGAAGAAUCUUUUUUACUUUUCUACUUUUUACAUAAUACAUCACGAAGCGAAAAAGAUAUUUACGUAUAUAUUAGUUUUGUAGUUAUUUACAUUUGUUAUAUCUUUUCUUAGCGAUUGUGAAAUUUGUCAAUGUUGCAGUAUUAUUGUAUUGUAUUGUCAUUUUAUAUACACAAAUAAAAAAUAUUAAAAUUUCUGUAGAACAAAGGAUAAUCAUAGACCGUCUACGUGCGAAUUGCAUUUUGUCUUAUAUAUUAGAUUUUGUUAUACGCUGGCAGCUAAUGAAUUGUUCGAAUUUUAUAAAAUAUAUUGACAUUAAUCCUAUUUUAUUUCAUAGUAUUAGUUUAUAUUUCAAAUAUGCUCAACCCGUAUUAGUUCUUACUUUUUUAUUUAUGAGCAAUUUUAGAAAUUUCUUAGAUUGAUUUUUAUGUUUCGAUAUUAUAAAAAGCAGUAAAAUUAUGUUAAAGAAGAAAUUGAUUUUCUACUUGUACCUUUUACACCAUGUAAUUCCAUAAUUUAUAUAUUUGUUUUUAUUGUAUCUAACAUUCCAUGCUUAUAGUGACUAACAAAUAUGUAUCAUAAAUGCCUGUGUCAUUUAAAACUUAUUUUAACUCGUUUAUUCAUACAAUUAUAUUUAUCACAGUUUUAUAUUAGCUCUGCUUGAAGAAAUUGUUACAUAAUGAUACAAUGCAGAGGAUAAGAAAUUUUUUAUUACAUUCAAUUUGUGUGCUUCUUGUGUUUUUCAGUUAAAAUACAAAAUUAAGCUUUAAAAAUACAAAUCUUCAAGCAGUGUACAAAUGUAGUUAAUAGUAUUUUGUACUUUAAUACUUCUGUCGUUCAUUUAGUGAUAACAUGAUAAUUAUAAUAUUAUAUACUUAAUAUUAUAGUUCUAUAAUAUAA